AUGGCAUCACCAUUGGUGUCCAAAUAUCCACAAUGCCUAUCCUACAUCCGUCGCAUGACAGGCAGCUUAAGAGACGUCUUCCAAGUCCCCAGCCAUCAGCAAACCCGGGGAAAGAAGAGGCUUGUUAAAGUCUCAACCGUAAAGGUUCACCUUCUUCAGAAUGUGCCUGGCUAUGGUCGGAGAGGAGCUGUGAUUCCAGUGACGACUGGGAUGAUGAGGAAUAUUUGGUACCCGAAGAAGAUGGCAGAGUACGUGACAAACGACAAACUUCAGCAGCUUGGGGUGAAGAAGGAUACGACAAUAGAGAGAGACUCCACAUUCAGAAGCAAUACGGAACGAAAGUUGGAUAAGGAGAAAGAGAAGUAUGAAAGGACAGUUGCAGCAGCAGAAUCGGCAGUGGCUUCAAUUGAGCCAGAAUCUUCGAUCCCAAUAGAGCUCGGCUUGCUGAGUCCUGAGCGCUCAAUGACUAUUCUGGAAAAUCUGGUGCCUCCCAACCUGGAUUUCUACAGGGUCCCGGUAACUCCUUCCGAAGCUCCCCAAAAAAGAGUUUCGCCAUCUGUACGGUUCAACUCAGUCAUAUCUGCAGCUGCAGCAGAAGUCAAGGAAGCACAAAAGCCAGAAGUUACGGGCAUAUACGGCUCGGUGACCACUACGGAUAUCGCUGCCAACCUCAAAGCUAUAUUAGCAGAGGACGAGGAUGGAGUGCGCGUGGUUCUUUCGCCUGAAGAUAUCACCUUUGUGGAGGAAACCAGCCGGAAAAAUGGCGUCAAGCGAUUGGGAAUAUUUGAUAUUGAGAUAAGGCUCGAUGAUGCACCCGAUGCUAUUAGAAGGACUAUUCGAGUCAAUGCUCAAGACUGA